GGUGGAAUGACAGGAAGGAGACAUAGCCAACACAGCAGAGACAAGGGAAAGAAGAUAUUCACAUCAUCUUAUAGUAAAGAUGUAAAACUCCAUUCUUCAGAAAAUGCAUGGAAACCUGCUCGUCAAGCUGAGAAACCAAGCUCUCAAGAAGAACAGAAAACUCAGGAAUUGUACAAAAGAGUACAAGGUAUCCUGAAUAAACUGACUCCUCAAAAGUUUCAAACUUUGGUCAGCCAAGUGAAAGAGCUUCCAAUUGACAAUGAAGAACGACUAGUGGGAGUCAUGAACUUAGUUUUCAAGAAAGCUAUUGAAGAGCCUAGCUUUAGUGUACCAUAUGCAAACAUGUGUAAAACUCUAGCAAUGAUGCAAGUACCUGCAGCUGAAGGCUCAAAUCAAUGCGUCAAGUUUAGUAAACUAUUAUUGACUAAAUGUCAACGUGAAUUUGAAAAAGACAUUAAUGAUGAAAUUAACAAAGAUGAAAGGCUGAGACAGAUACAGGAAGCAGAGACGGAAGAAAAAAAAAUUCAACUACAGGAAGAACUUGACGAGGAAGAGACUAAAGCCAAGAGAAGAUCUUUAGGAAAUAUAAGGUUUGUUGGGGAACUCUUUAAGCUAGGAAUGUUAACGACUCUGAUCAUGCACACCUGCAUUAAGAAACUAUUAGGACAAGGAGAUGAAGAUUCCCUGGAGUGUUUGUGUCGUUUGUUGACAACUAUUGGCAAAGAGAUAGCACGAGAUAAGAACAAAUCCACACAAACAGCAAUGGAGACCUACUUUGAAGCUAUGAAACAGAUAGUGAAGAAACGGAAAACAAGCUCGCGAAUUAGGUUCAUGUUACAAGAUGUUAUUGACCUGAGACAAAACAACUGGGUGUCUAGAAGGGAAGAUGACAAUCCCAAAACAAUUGACCAGAUUCACUUGGAAGCCCAGAAAGAAGCUCAACAGCAACAACUGCUUCUUCAGCAAGUCCAUGUAGCACCACAAAAAAGAUCUGAAGAAAGGGAAAGGAGAAAAAGUAGGAAUAAUCCCCCAGUCUCAGAGGAGGGAUGGAAUAUGGUUACCAGCAGAAGCAAGAUCGAUACCAGUAAACUCAAACAAUUUGCUAAAGGAGGACAAGCAGAGGUAGAGAACAUUCAGCUUGGCCCAGGACGUUCUUUUUACAGUUGGGGUAAAGGUAGUAGUGGGGGAUCUAAAGGUCAAGGUCAAGAUUCUGAAUCCAGAACUCCUAACAGGUUCUCAGCAUUAUCAGCAACAGAACAAAGUUUCAAUUCUAGACCAGCUUCACAAAGGUCUGCUGCCUCUAGCUGGGAGUCCAGUCAGAACCGUGGAAAUGCUGCCAUAAGGAAGACAUCAUCUCAGACUCAACAGAAAGACCUUGAAAAUGUAAAAGCUUCUGUGAAGUCAGUCUUGCUUGAUGUUGAAUCAAAACCUGUACCUCAAGGCAGAAUAAAAAAAUAUGAAGACGUGAAGAUGACACUUAAGGGUAAAGACAUGUCUGAAGAAGAAAUGGAGGUGAAGACAAUACCACUCAUUGAUGAGUUCCUUCACAACUGCGAUUUUAAGGUGUUAAAUGUGUUUAUUAUAGUUUAGGACUUUAAAACAUUG